UCCAGAGUUCAGACAUGCUCAACAAACAUGGCGGCCGAAUCUGAACCCGAGCAGCCGAAAUUAUCGGAGUUAUUAGAUAAAGGAUGGCAGAUCCUGGAGGAGGUGGAAGGCAGCAGCAGCCAGCCGGCCGGGGCGCGGGAAGUGCAGGACAAGGUGAAGCGAGGGCUGGGGAUGCUGGAGCAAGCCACCCUGAUGGUCAGCCAGCUGCAGCUCUUCAGCUCUAAUGAAGAUCUGGAUGAGAUUUCCUCUACAGAUAUUCGGUAUCUCCUGCUGCCAGCUCUGCUGGGCGCAUUGACUCUGAAGCAGGUGGGCCUCAGUCAUAGACUGCAGCACCUUGAAGCCGCCCGCUCCUAUUUCCUAGACUUCCUGAAAAGGUGCCAUGACUACAAAGUUUCCAGCUUCAACCUUCCUGGACAGGAAGAGGCAGUGCAAGGAGAACAAGUACCAGUUCGCAGUGCCCAUGCUGGAGUGCCACCCAGUUUGACUGCCAUGGCAAUGCAGAGGCAAGCCAAGAUCGAAAGGUAUAAGCAGAAGAAAGAGCUUGAGAACAGACUGUCCAGCUUGAAAGCAUCAGUGAAAAGUGGCACUGCGGAAGAAGAGCAAGUGAGGGAAUAUUAUCUACUGCAUCUACAGCACUGGGUGUGCAUUGCCCUCGAGGAGGUGGAGAGCAUUGACCAAGAGCUGCCGAUGGUAAAGGCGAGGGAAAUGAUGGGAGCAGAGGUCACUCGGCCUCCACGCCCAAAAAGACCACCAAUGAAACCAUUUAUCCUAACUCGAGAUGCCCUCCAGGCCAAGGUCUUUGGAGCAGGAUAUCCUAGUCUUGCUACCAUAACUGUUGAUGAAUGGUAUGAUCAACAUCGCAGUAAAGGAGUCUUCCCCGACCAGGGGGUGUCAAGUAAACCAAGAGAUGAGGAGCAGGAGGCAGCUGAACGGGAGCAAAAGGAAGAACAGGAUGAUUCAGAUGCAUUGCAGAAGGCUCGCAACUGGGAUGACUGGAAAGAUACCCAUCCUCGGGGAUAUGGAAAUCGCAAGCACAUGGGCUAAGAUUGUUGCCAGUCUUGUUUUUAAGUGACUUCCUUUGAGGGAUUCUGCAUACUGUACAGGUCAAGUCAGACCGGCGUGUGCUAGGGAUAGUCAUCGGUGGAGGGACAUUAGCCACCUACUGACAGUAUGGUGUGUGCCUUUGCUCUCAAAGUUGCAGAUACCGUGACGCAGCACUUAUGUAUGUCUGUAUUUACUUCUGAUCAGUUUUUUUUUAUUUUUAAUAAAUGUUUUGUUGGUGGCAUCUAUCAUGCUGCCGACGUGCUUGUA